UCACUUCUUUAUUCUGUCAUUUCACCAUGACCCACCGCUGCACAGCAGUUGUCCUCACUCUUCUGUCUCUGAGCCGAGCAGGGUUCAGCGAGGCCCCGUCUGGAUCUUGCAGAAUCGUGUGUGACCCUUCAUCAGACCGUCCAGUUGACCGAAGCAAUGGACUGGUCAUCCCUCUAUCUUCUUCUGCCGCAGGGGCUCCAGGACCAGCUGGACCUCCAGGUAAAGCAGGUCCUCCUGGGCCCCCUGGACCUUCAGGUUUGGGCUCCUCCAGUAAAGGAGGAGUAGCAUUCAGUGCUGUGCUUCAGGAUUCCUUCAGCCAAAAUGCAGUGCUGAAGUUUAAAGAUGUGAUCACUAACAUAGGAUCUGCUUAUGAUGCCUCGAGCGGGACAUUCACCUGUAAAACAGCUGGAGUUUAUUACUUCAGCUUUCACAUUGUGAAGACAGGACAAAACCUGCGAGUGGACAUGCUACUUAAUGACAAAACGGUUGUGAGCGCAGUGGCUGUGGAUCUUCUCCAUACAGACACGGCCAGCAACAGUGUUGUGCUUCAGCUGAAAGCAGGAGAUCGCAUUUAUCUUCAGCUCAACAACAGUGACCUGGGCAAGAGGGACUCACAAAGCCGCCUCAGUUCCUUCUCUGGUUACCUGCUAUAUGAGAUUUGAGGCUAACAUCAUUCUUUUCUGCUUUAAAUUCCUUCUGUCAGUUGUGAAGGAGACCGCUUUGCAUUCAUACCGCGGCUCCUUUUCUUGAAUAAAGAAUGAAUUCUCUGGCAA